AUGUCUUCAAGUUUAACAACUCCAUCAACACUUGAACUUCUAUCAAAUGAAUUUUUUGAUUAUAUUGAAACACAUCGUGAAAAAAUUCCAUUACUUAUUAUAGUUUAUAUAUUAACUAUUAUUUGGAUUAUUUAUCUUAUACUAUAUCAUUCACGUAUACAGGGUAUUAUAUUAUCAUAUAUAUUAAGACGUUUCUAUUUUAAAGAUGCAACACAAAUGAAAUUUGAUUCAUUUUCAAUAUCAUUUAUAUCUGGUUCAAUCAUGUUUAGAAAUUUACAUUAUACAACAGGAAAUUAUUUUGUUUGUGUUAGAGAUGGUUGUUUAACUUUUCGUUAUUGGUCUAGAAUAAAUAAGAAAUCAGUAAUACGCUUAAGAAUAAAACUUAAUCAUGUUGAUAUACUAUUUUGUACUCCAAUUCGUUCAAAUACAAUUUCAGAAACAAAUAAUUUAAAUGAUGAUUUACACAAAGGAUUAAUUCAUGGAAAUUCAACAAAAACGGAUGAUACACAAAGUGUAAAUACAGUUAAAGGUAAUGAAGAAGGUUUUCUUGUUCAAAGUCUUCGAAGUCUUUUUCCAGCCAUUGAAAUAAAAAUCCAACAUGGUCGAAUAUCUAUUCGACAUAAUACAUUACCAUAUAGUUUAUCAAUGCGUUUUAGUACAAUGACUAGUAUAUUUACAAGUGAAUCGCCAUCAAAAUAUGCUCCACAAAUUGAUCUGAUGACACUUAUUUAUAGUUUAACAUAUAGAAAUCUUCGAAUACAACUUUAUCGAAAUGAAUCUUAUCAAGGAGAACAAAAUGACAUUUUACCGCCUAUCCCACCAUCCAAAAAAGCAGAUGUUAAUAUGUUUCAAAUCUUCGAAUGUUCUGAAGGUGAACUUGAAUAUGAACAAGAUGUACCUGGUAAAAUGAUUGAACAAUUAGAAAAUGGUGAAUCAAUACCUGGUGUACAUUGGGAAAUUCGUAUUAAAUGUAAUAAAGAAACAAAAAUUGCCUAUGGACCUUGGGCUGAUCGACAAAGAGAAUUAUUAUGGCAAUAUUUUUUACCAACCAUAUAUGAAGAAUCUUUAAUAACAUCGGAACCAUCAAUUGGUCAAACAAGAAUAUUUAAAUCAGUUCAUUUUAAAUUAUUACUCAAUUGUCCAACAACAUUAGAUCUUUAUUUUAUGAAUAAAAUGAAACUUCAACAACUUCAUAUUGAAUGCCCUUUGAAAGGUUCACAUAUUAAUGUAGUGCUUCCAUUUUCAACAAAUCCUGAUGGUUUUGAUACAUUUUUAUCAAUGAAUAUAUUGCAACCAAUAAUUCGUACGAAUCUGUCAUUUUCACCAUUAGCUCAAGCUGAAAAUAUUCUUAUUAAUGUUCAUAUUCAUUAUCCUCGUUUAUGGAAUUCAUUACAAAAUUGGCUUAUUGAUAUUACUGCAAAAAAGCCUAAAGUCUAUUUUGUUUUUGAACACAAAAACUUUUUUCAAGGUUUAAUCAAUGAUUGGUCAUCAUCCUUACCACCUGAUAUAUAUUCAUUUACACCAUUUAUUUAUGAUAUAACUGUUCGUGGUGAUCAAGUUGAAAUAUUAAUUCCUUGUAAUCAAGGAAAUUGGAUUGAUUGUUCAAAUGGAGGUGAUCAAGAAUCUGAAGAAAAUAAUUAUGUAUCAUUAUGUGCUAAAUCACUUUUAUUAACUUAUCCAUUAGUAUUUUCUGAAUUUUGUCCAAAAAAUACAGCAACGGAUUUAACAAUUGAAACUAAAGAUAUACUUGCACGUCUUGUUAUACCACGAAGUAAUCGAAUGUAUUAUAUUAUAGAAGGACUUGAUAUGCAUAAACGAUUUUACACACCAGAAGGUGUUAAAUCACAAUUGUCAUUAUCUGAUGCAUUUGAUAAACGUGAAUCAUCAAGUGUUGAAUACAAAUCAAUACCUCCACCUUCAUUACCCAGUCCAUCAUGGAUUAAUUUAAGUAGUCAAAUGAAAAUGCCUAUACCAAAAUCUACAUUAUUAUGUACAACUUAUAUUCGUUAUUUAUCUCAUUAUCGUUCAUCAACUUGGUCAAAUAUAUCUUCAUUUCCUCCAUUGAUUCAGCAAGAUCAAAUAAAUCAUCAUCCAUUACUUGAUUUUAAUUGUGUUUCACAAGGUUUUUCAUGCUCAUUUUUAUCUGAACCUGUAUCAACAAUUCAAUCACGUCAACAAUAUUCAACAUAUAACCGAUCACGUUCAACAGCAACACCAACAAUGCCUUCAUUGAAUUCAUCAAGUAUCAUUGCAACUGAAAAAGAAAUGUGUCUUCGAUUUAGUGGAGCAUUAAAUAUACUAUUAACACCACUUAUGCUUGAAUGUAUAACAACAUAUAUUGAAACAUGGAAAACAUAUGAACUACAUCCAAUGUCUGUUCUUGAUGGUCUUCAUGUUCAAGCUCAAACAACAUCAAAUUUUCAAUCAACAUCAAUUGAUUUAUCAUCAACAAAAAUUUCUUUACAAUUACCAAAAAUAAAUAUUUGUUUAUUACAAGCUGGUUUAGCAGAAGAUCAUGUUCAAUUAACUGAAUUACAAACACCAGUUGAUAUUGUUACAAUGUCAUUAUUUGCUUUAUCAUGUAAACAAAUACGAAUGGAAACAAUUUUAUCUAAACGUGAUCAAUCAACAGCUGGUAUUUUUAAAAUUGAAUCAAUAACAGGACAAUUUCGUCGAUUUGAAAAUAAUUUUUCAUUAAUUGAAAAUGUUAAUAUUCAUGCUAUACAAUCUCAACGUUGUCGUUUACAAUUUCAUGUAUCAAAUGAUACUCAAACACAUUUACCAAUUGGUAAAAAUAGAAAAAAUGCUGGUUUUGUUAUGAAUGAAUUUGGUUUACAACGACUUUGUUUUAAAUUAAUUAAUAAUGCAGCUAAACAACAACAAGAAAGAACACAUUCAAUACCAAUUGUGGCGCAGAUUAAUGAAAUACAAACAAGUAAACCAUCAACUAAACAAAAAUCAAAAAGAAAACACUCAUCUGAACCAGUACCUCCAUCUUCUUCAACAACAGUUCCAACUGUCACAGUUUCACCAACACCAACUUCAUUAUCAAGUAGUGUAUUCGAUGGUUCAAUUGAUCAUGUAUGGAUAUCAUUUCCUGAACCUCCACGUCAUACACAUUCAACAUCAAAUUUACUCAAACGAUCGCAUACUAGUUCAACAACUACUACACAAGAAAUUCCAAUGCAAAAAAGAAAUCUUUCGUCAUAUACUCGUUAUGAUUGGAAUUUUCUUUCAACAUUAUCACCAACUGUUCUUGGUUGGUUUUGUGUUAUUGAUCGUGUAAAAAAACCUUGUAAUUACUUUAUUAAAAACCGUGAAAAACGUCUCGAUGCUAUUCUAGCUUAUUUUCUCAUUGAAAAAAUACAAGUAUCAACUAUAACACACAGUAAAUUGUAUAUGUUAUUUACACCUAAAACAAAAUAUCUUCUUUCACAUCCUGUUUGUCAACUUGUUACAGAAUUUCGAAAACAUUUUAAUAGAGAUACACAAGUUAAUAUUAAUCUUCAAUCAAAUACAAUACCAGAAAUAGAAAUAUUAAAACGAGGUAUACGUGAAUCAUGUCGUGCUUGGGCUCAAACAUUUAAAUUACAAGCACAAACAGAUAUACGUAUGAGUCGAAUACCAACAUCAUCACCUUUUAGUAGUAUACUAUCAGCAAAUAAUAAUGAUCAAGAACAAAUGACAGAUGCUAGACAAACAUCAACUAUGGUCAGUCAUUUCCAACAUAUUCGUGGACAUGAAUUUUCAGUAGGACAACCAUCAGUUAAAUCAAGACAACAUCAAAGUGGAAUAAAUAAUACAACGACAUCGAAUUCAACUGUUCGAAAACGUACAGCAGUACAUAAAACUCGAUCAAGUCCAAGUAAUAAAGAUACAAUAAUUGAAAUGAAUAAGAUGUCAUCAUCGAUACCAGAACGUCGACGUGCAUCUAGUUAUCUAGGUGAUGCUCUACGGCGUCUUGAACCAACUGCUAAUGUUAAUAAUACAGCUGGUUAUAGACGAUUAAGUAUUGGUGGUAAUGAAUUUGAUUUUGAACGAAAUACAAAUAAUAUUCGAUCAAGUAAUCGUACUCAUGGUGAUUCAUUUAAUGGAAUAACUUAUUAUACAGAUGCUAGUUCAGUUGAAGAAUUAUUUAAAAUAUUACUUGAAUAUGCUGGUGUAGAAUUAUCAGUUACAUCAUCAAUUGAACCAUUAUUUGAAAAAUUAGGUCAAACUGUUUUAGCAUCAGCACAAAUAAAACAAUUUGAUGUUAAAAUCUUACCAAAUGAACUUAUUAAUGAUCCUCAAUUGAUAAUACUAAAUCCAUCAGCUGAAUUAUCUAUACUUGGUAUAACAAAUUUAAAUGUUCAUAGUGUUUGUAAACAAUCACUUGAAUAUAAUGAAUUACAUUCAGCUAACGUUCAAGCUGGUAUACGUGUACAACAUGUUAAACAAGAAUUUAAUUUAUCAUUAUUACGUCUUGUUUAUCAAUUUUAUACAGUUGUUGGUAAUGCAUUUGAAUAUAUAAGUAUGGAUGAAAUAGGUAAAACAGAUACAAAUAUUGUUCAACAACAGAAUGAUUCAUUAAUAAAUCCUUCACGAAGAACUACAAUAAAUGAUAUUGAUAAUUUUGCUCAAAGAUCUUUUCAUUUAAAUACUCUUCAUAUUAAUAAUAACGAUUUAAUUAGUUCCGAAAGAGAAUGUUGGAAAAAAUUACGUGAACUUGUUGCUAUAUAUCAAACAUCAACAGAUAUAAAACAAUUACCAAUAAUAUUUAAACAACACAGAAGUCUUUCCGAAUUAUCAAAUGAUGAUAGUUUAGAGGAAAGUAAAACUGCAUCAUUUCAAUUAGUACAAAAAAAUAAUGAUGUAACAAAUGAAACACUUUUACUGUCAGCAUUUGGUUGGUUAAUUAUUGAUGAAAUAUAUUAUGCAGCUUCAUUAGGUAGUCUUAAAGUUGAUGGUUGUAUAGGAAAGGUUCAAGGAAGUAUUUCAUUAUCGCAAAGACUUCGAGCUUUACAAGCAAAUACAAAUAAUCAUAAUUCAAAAAAGUAUGAUGGAUCAUUAAUUGUUCAACUUGGUUCAACUUCUCUUUCUCUUAAAGAAACUCUUUCAACUUCUUCAGAUACUCUUCUUAAUAAUAGUACUUCUUGUUUAAAUGAAACAGCUUCUAAUACAUCAUCAUCAACUCGAGAAAUAUCUGUACUUGAUAUUAUUGUUGGUAAAUCUCGAGCAUUAACAUCUCUUCAAACUCGUAGUAUGAAUUUAAGAUUAAGUGGUGUAACAAAUAUAGGUACAAUUGCAAUGGAUGUUCCAUUACGACCACAAGAAGUUCAUGAUUUAGUUAAUCGUGCAGGUCGUUUAAUAACAUCAUACGUUCAAGAAUUUCUUCCUGAUGAUACACCAGAAUCAUCUACAAUAAUUCCAAAAACUAACGAUGAAUUAGAACAAAUAAAUACAAAAAUAAAUGAUACAGUUCAAGUUAUCAAUCUACCAACAACAUCUGAACAAAUUUUGGAAAAAAACCGUUUACAUGUUCAUCGUAAACAAAAAUUAUCAUCACAUUUACCAGCUGAUGUUUUACAAACUCAAACAAGUAUAUCAUCAGUAUCAAAAAAACCUAUAUUUGAAGUUCAUAUAAUAGCACAUUGUCAAGGAAUGACAUUUUCUACAACACUUUUAUCAACACUUAAAGCUCAAUAUAAAAUUGGUAUUGUUGAAGGUGUUGCAAAUCUUGGUACAACAACAUCACGUUUUACAGCUAUUGUUCAUGAACAUGCAUUACAUUUUUUAAAUAAUAAUAAUACAAAUAGUUUACAUCAACUUCCAACAGUUAGUUCAGAUAAUCAUGUACGAAUUGAUUUUCCACAAAUACGUUGUUAUGGAAAUUAUAUUAUUGAACAAGAACAAAAUAAUAAAUCAAAGGGACAUUUAAAUAUUCGUACAAAAAUUGAUUUACUUAAAUUAACUAUAACAUCCGAUUUUCUUGCACAAUUAGUUUUUGUUUCAAAAGUAAUUAUACAUGAAAUAAAUGAAAUACUUGCUAAAGUAUCAGGUGUUGAUCAAUUUCAAUUUCGUCCAACUGAAUCAAAACCUAAAGAUAACAAUUUAACAAUAUCAGAUAAUAAUAAUAAUAAUAAUAAUGAUAAUGAUUUUAAUUAUGAUGAUGAUGAACAAGAAAAAAUAUCCACAACACUAAUUAUAUAUAAAAUAAAUAUAUUAAUGAAAGGUUUUCAAGUUAUUGGACAAACACCAUCAAAUACAAUUGUUAAAUUUGAAAAUGGUGACAAAAAAGUACCUAUAUCCAUUAAAUUAACAAAUUAUGAUGAACAAAAUUCAUUUUUAUUAUAUAAUAAACCAUUAAUUAAUGCUUUAUUAAAUAUUAAACUUAGUUUAGGACAAUUAUUACAUACUGGAAAAUUUCAAGAUGCAGCUUAUUUUAAAACAAAAUUACUCUUAAAAAAUUCUUUUCAACUUGAUGAUCUUGAAAAAAAAGCUUAUUUUAUUCGUUUAAUUAAACCAAGCUUCUAUUGGCAAUCUGGUGCUAUUGAUAAAGGAAUUCUUUUUUGGUUAAAUUAUAAAAAUACAUACGAUUAUUGGAAUGAACAACGUGGGGCAUUUACAACCCCAACAACUGAUUCAACACAUAUACGUUCAUUAGUUAAUGUUCAACCAUCACCAGCAAAGAACAAUGAACUUAAUCUUAUGUUUCAAUUACAUAUUAUUGAUUUAGGUAUUGCAAUACCACUUCAACAAAUCGAUCAACCAACAAAAUUAUCAACAACAACAGAUAAUCAAUCAAAUCAAAUAUUAAAUCAACGACAAACAGCAACAACAUAUGAUGAAAGUAGUGAUUUUCUUGUAUUUACACUUGAUCAAACAACAAUAUCUGCAUGUUCAUGUGGUGCUAUUAUAAGUUCAGGUUCAUUUGAAGGUUUUUGUUUUCGUUUCGCAGAAAAUUUUCAACAAACAAAUCCAAAUUGGAAACCAAUACCUUCUUCAACAUCAUCAUCAAAUGUUAUUUUAAAUGCAUGUUGUGUACCAAGUGGACAAUACUCAAUGCAUUCACGUGCUAAACAUAUUGCAAAUUCAACUAGUCCAAAAUGGUUUUUAAAUGUUCAAUGGGAUAUGAAAGGUAUUGAUAUAAAUAUUGAUUCAAUUAUAAGUAAACGUUUUUCACAAUUAAUACGAACAAUAACAUCAACACAAUUAAUUGAACAUAAGAGUCAUAUAAAUAAUGAUGAUGAUUUAUCAAAAAAUUCAAAUUCAAGUCAUACACAAAAUGGUAGUACAAUGAAUAUUAAUGAUAUUAAAGAUCCAAGUGAAGAUGAUGAAAGAAGAAAAAGAUUAGAAUAUGAAUAUUCUAUAUUAGGACAAAAGAUUACAACAUUACAGUAA